AUGGCCGCAUCCCUUCCGCUUCGUGAGUUCACCUUCGCGGAGCUGGAAGCGGCGACGGGGGGAUUUUCGGACUGCGUGGGGGAAGGGGAGUUCGCAAAGGUGUACCGCGGGCGGAUGGUGCUGCCUGUCGGCGGAAGCAGCGCCAGUGACGGCGGAAAUAGCGCUGAUGUCGCUGGUUACUACGCUGGAGACUCAGAGACGGUGUAUCACGAGGUGGCAGUGAAAGUGAUGAAAGGAAGCCGUACGCCUGGGGAGAUUGAAAGAUUCAGAGCUGAGGUGCAAGCCAGCUCAGCAAUGAAUCAUCCCAACGUGCUGAGGUUGGAAGGCGUGGCGCUCAACGCGGAAAAGAGGCUGCUUUUCGUGUAUGAGCUGAUCAAUUUAGGCGACCUCGAGGCUUAUCUCAUGCGAGUCCGCAGAAACGAGGAUUGGUUACCCUGGAAGUAUAGAGUGAAGGUUGCACUGGGGUGUGCCGAGGCGCUAGCUGAAAUUCACGAAAAGGGCUUCAUUCACGGCGAUUUCAAGCCUUCAAGGGUGCUUCUGCGACAAGAUCUCACUCCGGUGGUGGCCGGCGUGGAUGUCGAGGAAUGGGAUAUACGAAUGCCAUCAGCAGUGAUAGGCACGCCGGGCUACACUGACCCAACCUAUUUUCAUACAGGCCAAGGACGCCAGACAACUGACAUAUAUUCGUUUGGUGUGUUCCUUUUAGAGCUGAUAUUCGGCUAUGACCCCAUCGAUAAAAGGUUUGAAGAGCUGAAAGAGGUGGUCAGCCACGGGGAUUGGAAUAAGGUGGUCAACGACCCUUCGUUGGUUACUGACCCGGCCAUUGAGGGGGAGUGGAAUAAGGUGCAUGUUCUUACAAUGAUUAUUCUGGCUCGCUUUGCCACUGACCCUGACCUAGUGAGACGGCCUAAAAUGGGGGAUAUCGCUGCAAAACUUCAGGGUAUUUGGAGCGUAAUUUCCGGUUAG